CGAGAGCGGCUUAAUUUGCCCCGAGGAGUGUUUAAGCCUCCAGGAGAAUUUGUGAAUAUUGUGGCAAUAAUUGAGUUACGUAAGUGAGAAAAGUGCAUGUCUUGCGGCGAUGCAAGUGACAAAGAAUGUGAGAAAGUUCAUCAAGAAUGUCCCAAUAUAGAAUGCUGUCUCGAGUGGAGGUGCUCUUGGUGUUUCUGGGUGUCUUCGUGUUCUAUUCCUUGGGGGCGAAACCCCAUCAAACGGUUCGCGAAGUGGAUUAUCGCUAUGAAAGGGUCAGUGAUUUUAACAGUGGCAAUGGCUGGGCUAAGAAGAAGCAUGACAAUGAUCAGAAAUCCGAGAAGGGUCAACGACAAAGGCACAACAAACAUGCUCUGCGACUGCUGGCCGGGUUGUCGGAUGAGAGUUCACAGAGCGGAGGAUUGUGGCCUUCUGUCUUCAAUGUCGCCCUGAAGGCAUCGAUUGCCGUGAAUGCAACGUGUGGUCAAAAUGGACGUGAAGAGUACUGCAAACUUGUCGAUGCCCAUCCAAUGAAAGUUCGUGGAUCGCAGUGCGGCAUUUGCGACGCCAAGAGCCCGGAUCAGGAGAAGAGACACCCAAUUACUCAUGCCAUUGACAAGAGCAGCAGAUGGUGGCAAAGUCCCACACUCAGCAAUGGACCACAGUACGAGCAAGUAACAAUUACACUGGAUCUUGGACAGGUCUAUCAAGUGCUGUAUCUCAUGAUCCGGGCGGGAAUCUCCCCACGGCCGGCAGCGUGGAUCUGGGAAAGAUCACUGGAUGGUGAGAACUACGCUGCCUGGCAAUACUUUGCUUCCUCCGUAUACGAGUGCGAGCACCAGUUUGGGAUGCCCGGCCACACUGGCAAAUAUGUCUUCCAGGAAGACACGGAAGUGAUCUGCUCCACACAGUUCGGAAAGGUUCUUCCACUAGAGAACGGCGAGAUCCAUGUAUCGCUGAUAAAUGGACGACCAGGAGCAAAUUCCUCGUCAGCUGAGCUUCUAGACUUCUCAAUGGCGCGAUAUAUUCGACUGCGUUUCAUGAGGAUGCAUUCAACGGUCAAGGCAGGAUCGGUGGAAUGGCAGCUGGAUGACAAGGGAAUGGCCAAGAGAAGUUUUUACUCCGUCAAAUCCAUUCGCAUCGGCGGACGAUGCGUUUGCUCAGGACAUGGCAAUCAGUGUCACAACACAAAUCCAGAUGAUGUAACCGAAUGCACAUGCCGUCAUAAUACUUGUGGCGCCAAUUGUGAGCGAUGCUGUCCUCUCUUCAAUCAGCACCCUUAUCGUCCUGGAAAUGCCACACACGCCAACGAAUGUGAGAUGUGCCAAUGUCACGGUCACGCGACAUACUGUCGUUACAGUCCGGAAGUGCAUCAGAAAGGACUCAGUGUGAACAUGCACGGAGAAAUUUCUGGCGGCGGCGAAUGCAUUGAUUGUGAGCAUUUCACGACCGGCGUGAACUGUGAAAAGUGCCUUCCAGGCUUCUAUCGACCUCAUCAAACACCACCCGAUGCCAAAGUCCCUUGCAUCCCCUGUGAGUGCCACCCUCUGGGCGCCUUGGAGACUUGCAAUGCCCUCGGUGGGGAAUGUGUAUGCCGAGAGGGGUUCUCUGGACCAAAGUGUGAUCGCUGCGCUCGCGGACAUCACGGCGAAAAUUGCACAAGGUGCCAGUGCGACCCGAGAGGGACAAUGCCAGGAGGAGAGUGUGAAUCCCACUGUCAGUGCAAACUCCAUGUGGAGGGAGAAAAGUGCGAUCAGUGCUCUUAUGGAUAUUUUUCCCUGAGCUCAACGAAUCCAGAAGGAUGCUUAAAGUGCUUCUGCUCAGGAGUUGGUGUAUCGUGCAAGAGUAGCUCACUGACUGCUGGACUGGUUUCUUCGGCAGAGGAGUGGCGAAUGUCUGAUCUCUCACAGUCAAUAGUGGCUUAUCCAUCAAGAGACAAUGCCACUGGAUAUCUCUUUUUCGGCUUAUACGAAAUGCCUGAAGUGGAGAGUAUUUACUGGGUUGCGCCCAAGAUUUAUUGUGGCAAUCUUUUGUCCAGCUACGGAUCCAGAUUUCUCGUGUCCAUAGCCUGGGUAAUUGUCCGUGGAGACACUAGCGGGAAGCCCACAUCUGGUCCUAAUAUUAUUAUUGUGGGUAGGAAUGGAAUGAAGAUUGCCUUUGGUGAUGAUGUCUUCAGGGACUCCAACACAACGCUGGAGACAUUCCUCACAGAAGACGGAUGGUAUCACGUUCCCAGGAGUAUUAAGGAUAUUGUUACGCGUCUCCGGAGGACGGAAUAUCGCGGAGAUCCUGUCACCCGAAUACAAUUUAUGUCAGUGCUCAGUGAUGUCGAGAAUAUCCUCAUCAGAGGAACCUUCCACACAGAUCAAGUAGAGAGUGUCUUAGAAGCUGCUACUCUCUUUAGCGGAGAGACAAUCCUGAGUGAUCAAAGUCUAGUGGAACAGUGUGAGUGUCCUCUUGGCUAUGUGGGAUCUUCCUGUGAAGCUUGUGCCUUCGGAUUUGUACGCAUCUUAGAAAAUUCAUCGACACAUGAGAAGCUGGCCAGAUGCAUUCCCUGUGACUGCAAUGGUCACGCUGAAACAUGUGACUUUGAUACUGGCAAGUGCUCCCAAUGCCUCCACAACACCGCCGGCGACCGAUGUGAGAGAUGCGCUCUUGGAUUCUACGGGAAUCCGUUGGCGGGAAAUCCAGAUGAUUGCAAGCGCUGUGCAUGCCCUCUGUUGGACAGCAGCAAUAACUUUUCGCCGAGUUGCCAGCUAAAGAAUUUCGCGGUCUUGAGUAAUUUCUCCACACAAGAGUACAUCUGUACGCAAUGUCCCCUUGGCUACACGGGAAAUCACUGUGAAAUAUGUGAUGAUGGAUUCUUCGGCGAACCAACUGAAUUGGAUGGGGAGUGUCUGCCCUGCUCAUGCUCAGGAGGACCAUGUCAUCCUAUCACCGGAAGAUGCAUAAUUUGUCUCGGAAACACUGAAGGCUGGCAAUGCGAGAGAUGUAAGCCCGGCUAUUGGGGAGAUCCUGAGCUGGGCUGCGACCUGUGCGAAUGCUACCAGAAUGGCUCCAUUAGCAACAUUUGCGAACCAGGAACGGGCCAAUGUCUCUGCCACAGUCGCUUUAGCGGCUUAAAGUGCGAUGAAUGUGCCGCGGGCUUCGGCAAUGCAUCGCUCGAUUGUCCGGCGUGCCUGUGCAACAUGAAUGGAUCAUCAGCUGAAAUUUGUGACCCAAACACUGGCCAAUGUGUCUGCAAGAGCGGCGUGGAGGGUCUCAAGUGUGAUCAAUGCAUGGAGACGUAUCAUGGAUUAGGCGAGAAUGGCUGUCAAGAAUGCCUCUGCAACCGCCAUGGAUCCUCCCACUUGCGCUGUAAUCCGGCCACGGGACAAUGCAAAUGCAAAGUUCACGUGACGGGAAAAUCGUGCGAUCGAUGCGAGGAUGGAUUUUACAAUCUCGAAGCAGGAUGUCGUCCCUGUGAAUGCAGUGAGUUGGGCAGUAAAAACAACAUUUGCAAUAUAUACACUGGACAGUGUCACUGCAAACAGGGCGUCACUGGACAAUUGUGCGAUAUUUGCCAAGAGGAUCACUACGGAUUUUCAGAACACGGUUGCAAAAAAUGCGACUCUUGUCCCACCUCUUCAUAUGUUUGUGACCAAGAAACCGGCCGGUGCGUCUGCCCACCCCUGAGCAAAGGUGCAGAGUGCAAUCAGUGCACCCAGAAUGCGUGGGGAUGGCAGCACAGACUUGGCUGUCGCGCUUGUGAGUGUGACAAGAUGGGAUCCAUUGGCCAGUCUUGUGACACCGUCAAUGGUCAGUGUUCCUGUCGCGAGGGAUUCUUCGGGAGGACAUGCAAUCAGUGCUCACUGGGUUACUUUGGCUAUCCGCACUGCACCCGAUGUAACUGCGAUGUUCGAGGCUCCGUUCGGAAGCAUUGGCUGGAUGUCAUUGAGUGCGACCACUUGGGCCAGUGUCCAUGCAAGGAGCUUGUGACUGGACUUAAGUGUGAUCAGUGCCGUCAAGCAACGUUCGGCCUCUCAACGCAGAACUAUGAAGGAUGCACGCGAUGUUACUGCUUUGGGCGGUCACAGGAAUGUACUCAGAGUCACUUGUCGUGGGGACAGAUUCGUCAAGCUGGAGCGAGAAACUUGAGUGUGGAGUACAUCACGCCGUUCAAGCCAUUAACUGAGGACUACGAUUAUGUAAUUGUCAUUCAGAUGGAGGGCGCAACUGUGCACAAGGAAGAUGCGGAUAUUGAAAAAAUAGGUCGCGUGAGUCUGAUUCCCAGCUCCACUGGCAACGUAUCCAUUGGAUCCUACAUAAAAUUUCACCAUCCGCUCUAUUUUCAACUUCCGCCCACGUUCUUCGGCGACCAAACACGAAGCUAUGGAGGAUUUCUUCAGUUCACCCUCACCACUGAGGGUUGUGACACGAAAUUGAGUGAAGACAUCCUCCGGAAUUAUCCACUCGUGCAGAUUCACUCCCAUGGGAAAUUUGUGAUUGAGUACUUUGGCCAGGAGAUCUACAACACAUCGCCUAAUGUCACAUUCAAAGUGCCUAUAAGCGAGAGAUUCUGGGUUCAUCGCCACUUCAAUCUCGAGUACAAUGUCACAAGAGGAAUGAUGAUGACUGCGCUCCAAGACAUUCAGCACAUUUUCGUGCGAGGAACAACAUUGGCAGACGUCACUCAAGUGGUCAUUAGCAAUAUUAGUCUGGACACGGGCAUUUUCUUGGCAGGUUCCACGAACAACAUAGCACUCGGGGUGGAGAUUUGCGAAUGCCCUGAAAGCUACGAUGGACAUUCUUGCCAGAAUCCCUCAGAGGGAUUCUACAGGUGGAAGAAUGUCACAGACGUGGAGAUCAGCACGAAUCUGGAGGAGAUUGUGGGCUUUGCCAUUCCCUGCAGCUGCAACGGACGCAGUGAGAAAUGUGAUCGUGAGACUGGAAUAUGUUUGAAAUGUCGCGAAAACACUGGAGGACAUCACUGUGAAUCUUGUGCAGAGGGAUUCUAUGGCAAUCCAAACUCUGAUCUUGGCUGCUUGGCGUGUCCAUGUCCCGAGACGAGGAAGAACUUUGCCCGCGGUUGUCAUGUUCACAAUAAGGUUGUGAGUUGCAUAUGCAAGCCAGGCUACACUGGAUUGCGCUGUGAACGAUGUCUGUCGGGCUUUUUUGGCACACCUGAUGAUGAUGAGGGCUUCUGUGAGGCGUGCGAAUGCAACCUGGAAGGAAUCAUCUCGAGUGAGUGUGAUGAGAAGACUGGACAAUGCAACUGUCGUCCAGGAAUCACGGGCAGACGCUGUGACCAGUGCUUAGAGGAGCGACAUGUGAUUCAGAAUGGGAGAUGUCGCCUCUGUGACAACUGCACACUCACUUUAUUAGACAGUGCUGAUGAUAUUGGAGAGCUUCUUGACAGCCUGGAUGUGCACAUCAAUUCGAUUGAGAUCGUCGCUCCUUGGGCGACCGUUGAGGAUUUUGAGACGGAGAGUGACAAACUGAUUGAGGCUUUAGAGAGGCGCGAGCAUGCAAUGCAAACUCUCCAGCGAUUUAAUGAUACCAGAAUUGAUAAAAUGACAUCGAGGGCUAAUAAUAUCUUCACUCGGGGUAGUAAAUUGCCUUCAAAGAUGGAGAAAAGAAGACACGCCGUGGAUUCCCUGAAGAGCGAUGCAGAAUCUCUGUUCGAGCUAAUUAAUAAUAUCGGAGAUAAAAUUCUAAAUACUAUUGAUGAACUGAAUUCGUACGGAACUCACGAUCAUCACACAAAUCUUCAAACUGCUCUAAGUGAGGCAAAUGAAUAUCUCCAGCAGAUUCGAGAUAGUCAUAUUGGUGGCAAUUCAGUUAAUGGAGAAAUUCCUUGCUGGCAGCGUCAAUACAGCGAUUGGCUCAACAUGUCGAAAUUGGCUAAGCAGCAGAUGAAGAAUCUCCGAAAUCUGAGAGCAGAAUUGCUAGGAUUUGGCGAGAAAUUUGAUCAGUUUAUGGACUUUUACGGAAAUACCUCGGUUAAUGUGGACAAAUCUGGAGAUCUUAUUGAAGAUUCAGCUUCAAUUCUCGAAGGACUUAUGGAGAAAUUCAAUAAAAUUGCAGCACUGAGGGAUGAAAGUGAGAAAUAUCCCUACUUGAAUAAGAAGGAAGCCUUCGAUGUGAUGGCCAAUGAGAUUAACGAGAAUGCUGAGAGUCUGGAGAGAGAUAUUGACGAUAUGGAUUUGCUGUGCGAUAAACUCAAUGGCACACUUGCGGAUGCUGAUGAGAAGCUGUUUAAUCUGGAGGAGUACAUUCUGCCCAAGGCUAAGAUACAUGCCGAGGAGCUCAUGAAAAAGGCACAGAGGGGAAGAGACCUUUUCCAGGAUGCGAAAGAAGGCGCUGAACGGGCUCUGAAAGCUGUUACUGUCUACAAGAACAUUACUCAACUUGUUGAGGAAGCCAAAACAGCCGCCAAGGAGACGAAGGAUGCAGCAAUUAAGGCUCAAAGUGAGUUAUCUCCAUCUGGAAAUGUGUCCCUCGUAGAGAGAGCCACAAAUUCUCUAGAGGACUCUCAGGACAUUAUUGAGGAAGCCGUGAAGGAGAAAAGAAAAAUCGAAGGUCUGAAGGAGUCUCUGGAGGCUUUUCAGGAUGUGGUGAAAAACACCAAGCAUACAGUCUUCAAAACUGGCGUUGAUAAUAAUCGCGUGAUGGAUGAUUUGAGCACUUUAUCCAAUGUGGAGUCAAUGAAUACCAUUCGUGGUAUGAAAGACACUGCAGAGAAAAUCUCAACACAAAUGCAAGAUGUUCAUCGCAUUGCGGAAAAUAUGAACAGUGGCGUUUAUCUGCUGAAGGCUAAGCUUCAAACACUUCAGCCUGACUGGGAAGCAGACUUAGGUUUUGCCCAGGAGAACGUUUCAGUCAGUACGAGUAGCAUUAAAGCUGCGACAAGCAUGUUGCUGGGAAUGGAAAAAAUGGCUGAGAAGAACAAUGAAAUUGUCCAGAACUGGAAUGACACUCUUUCUGCCCAGCUGAAAGCGCUCAAAGACAAAAUUGCCAGAGCCAAGCAUGCAGCUGAAGGCAUUCGAGUGUCCAUAGAAUCAGAUGCUGGUGAUUGCAAGAGAUCUUAUAUGCCCCAAACAUUCGGAUUGACAACAUCCAACACGAUCAAAAUGUCAAUUGCUUUGAAUCGCAAUAUCAAUGAUUCUAGUUUAAUCUUCAUCCAGGGCGAAGAUCAGAGGUUCAUUGCUGUGGAAAUGGUGAAAAGUCACAUAAGAUUAGUGUGGAAUUUGGGUGGAAAAACAACGAUAGUUACGCACCCUGUUGAGAUGCAACACAAGGAUCCCAAGCUCGAUGAAGCAUGGUAUCAGAUUGAAGCAAACCGAACAAUGAACAUUGGUAGUCUGACAGUCCGUCAAAUGACUCAGUACGGCACCUACUCCAACUCAUCAGUUGAAACCGGAGACAGUGGCAUUGAAUACACGAGAUUUAGCCUCUCACCAGCUAAUAGAGUCUGGAUUGGAGGAGUACCCAAGGAUAUUCGUCCUCCUCAGCUCAUUAACCGUGAGGGUCUCGGAGUUACUCUCUAUCAGCUCUACAUUGAUGAUAAGCAAUACGGAUUGUGGCAUUUUGCGCACAGCGAAGGAGAAUGCGGUGGAGCAAUGCUUGGACCUCAACAGUCAACUUCAACCAUCAAUUCGAGGUAUUUUAACGGCGAAGGAUACUCGGUGGUCAAGAAGACUCGACCUAAACCCUACAGAAGGACGCUGUUCUCAGUGCAAAUGCAAUUCCGGACACGUGAUGAGAAUGCACUUCUCUUUCUCACAGUUGAUGAAAAGAAUAACCGUUCAAUUUCACUCACACUGCAUGAGGGACGAAUUGUUUUCCGUAUUGACUAUGGUGGUGAGAUAAAGCUCGAGAUCAACACAACGAAGAAGUUCAACACUGGCGAGUGGGUUAAUGUGGCAGCAGCUAGAGAGUUCAGCAAGGGCAGUACAGAGAAUGGCAGUUUGAUUGUGGAUAAAGAGAAUCAUACUGGCUCCCCAACGGCUCCGAUAGGCCUUGAUUCUCUCCCUCAUCUGUCCAAUACGAGCUACUAUUUGGGAGGAGUGCCACCGGGUUUCAAGUCUGGCACAUCUAAAGCUCCUGGCGCAGAUCAUGCCUUUCUGGGAUGCAUGAAGGACAUUCAGAUUAAUCAAGAGACGUACGAUCCUCUCGACAGUUCUAAUUACUUCGGCGUUGAGCCAUCGUGCAAGGAGAACAUCGCCAGAGGCGGAUUCCACGGCGAUGGAUAUGUAGAGUUGCCAUCUCACACGUUGAAUCGUGUGGCGAACUUUGCCUUUGUCUUCAGAACACUCCAGCCGGAAUGUUUGCUGCUCUUGGGCGGGUAUCCGGGAAGAGUUCUGGUGGAUUAUGAUGAGAAGGAUUUGCGAGGGAAUUAUUCUGUGUGGCUCCAAGAGGGUCAUGUGAACCUCUGGAUAAAUGCAGGAAGUGGUGGGAUUCAUCUCACGUCAGAGAUGAUGGUUAAUGAUGGAGAGUACCAUGUUGUGAGUGUAACGAAGACCAAGAGAAAGCUUCAGUUGCGAGUCGAUGAUAAACUCCAGGCAUCGAAGCAUCUCCCAAAUGCCUCCAGCAUUGUGACACUGCCUGGGGAAGAAGGCGGUUUGUUCUUGGGUGGAGUACCGCUGACUCAGGAGUUUGACGACUUGCCGCCGACUGAGAAAAUCGGGCUCAUGGGCUCCAUACAGGACAUUGUCUUCAACAACGACACAGUUUCACUAGGGAAUCCCGUUAAUUUUGAAGGUGUGGAAUUGGGCAGAACUGGACCGUCGAUGGGCCUCAAUGGACAUCUGCAUGAAGUGCUGCUGAAGACAGAACCAAUUGGGAAGAGCUUCACUCCAUCUCCUGAAGGUUGUCACAGGGUGGGCAGCUACUCUUAUGAGCCGAAUGCCUUCAAAUUUGGCGAUGGACCUCGAAGUCACUCCAUCUUAAACAUCCCUGGAAGACACAUGUGGCAAAAGAACUUCAACAUCCAGUUCGAUUUCCGUACUUUUUAUCCCAAUGGUGUGCUCUUCGUGGCGCCAGGAUCGAAGGAGAAGCAGAAGCAUUACGUAGUUCUUACGCUGAGAGAUGGCCACGUCUUGCUGGUAAUCAGAGGAAGGCGCCGAGAGGAGCGUCGACUGCCUCUAAAACUGAACGAUGGCCACUGGCAUCAUGUAUCGCUGAGCAGUGUGGACAGGAAGGCAACAUUGAGUGUGGAAGCUGGAGGCUCCAGGCACAAUAGUUCGGCUCAGUUGAAGCUCCCCAAGAGGAUUAGUGCGGCAAAUGUAUUAUCAAUCGGUGGGAUUCCUGAAAAUUCUCUCCUUUUGCCGACUGAAAUGAUCGCCAAACUGGAAGAAUUCAAGGGAUGCAUUCGACGAUUUAGCGUUAAUAAUGUAACUCAGGAUCUCGCGCGUCCUGGAAAACACCUUAAUAUUGGCCAGUGCUUUCCACGCAUUGAAAAGGGAUCAUAUUUUCCUGGAGACGCCUAUGCAACUUACAAGCGCGUAUUUCAUGUGGGAAAGUAUUUAGAAUUUGUGCUAGACUUCCGGACAUCGGAACUCAAUGGAAUUCUUCUAAGUGUCUCAGAACCAGUUGGCUAUCCCGCCCUGUCGCUGGAAGUCUUCAUGGGCAAAGUGGUGAUGUCGUGUGAUUUCGGGAAUGGGAAUCCAAUCAGAGUGGAAACCGAUCUGCCCUCGAAAUUCGCCCUGUGCGACAAUCAGUGGCACACCGUGUCAGCAUUGUAUGACUCGGAACAAUUGGCUCUCCGCAUCGACAAUCAACCCAUGUUGAACAAUCUGGCAUCCCUCCAGCCGUCCAACAUUUCUCGGAUGAUUCACACUAAAUCCCCGCUCCAUAUUGGCGGCAUUCCAGAAAAUGCCUCGAGUGGAACGCUUCUGAGCCGGGAGAACUUCAAGGGUUGCAUCCGAAACGUGAUGAUUCGCGGUGAGAUUAGGGACUGGACUGACAUGGACGGCUUGACCAAUGUACUUCUGAGCGAGUGUUUCACGACGGGCAAUUGAGGUGACUGAUUUUUGCUUGCGCCCUUGAGAGGCUUCCUUCUGUCGUGCUCUUUGUGUCAUGUGACGAAAACGGAAAGGAGAGCGCGAAUGUAGCAUCACAGCGAACCCACCAUCAAUCACGGCAGCAAAAGAAGGUUGUCACGUUUAACGCUAAAAUGCGUUUCACGUGUAUAGGAAGAAGGCUCUUGUAUUGUUCUUUUACUGCUGAGGAAGGAGGGGAAAAAAUAACGUGGAAAUGUGUUCAAAAAUAUUUUUCAUUUACUUUUAAUUGCCUUAAUUAAUAUGCUAAUAACUGCCAUACAGAAAUUGUUGUAUUUUGCCAAGGCUAAGAAGUUGAAGUCAUAUAAAAUAAAUUAUUUAAUAGUGAAAUGAUAUCUGUGGAUGGAAUCAAAUUAAAAUUGUGGAUGAAGUAAAAUCGUAAAAAACUAUUUGUAGCGAUUAUACUUUCAUAUUCGUGACAAUAAUUCAUCUGUGCCAAGUUUAUAAUUUUGUGCUCUCCAGAGAAAGAGUAGUGAAGAAAGUUUUUUUUUUAUAUUGUAUUGCAUAUUAAUGUAAGAUAGUUGAGUAAGUUAAAUUAUUUUCGCAGUAAUUUUUUUGCCAUAUAUUAAAAUGAAUUAUUUAUAU